AUGGCUUCUGGUUUAUGGAAUGACUUGAAAGGCCAAGUGCCCAAAAUGAAAUCAGCACAUCUGCGGUCACUGAUGCAGGACCAGGCCCGCAAUGACUCGAUGUUUGUGCAGAAUGGACCCAUGGUUCUCGACUACUGUCGGCAGAAGGUCGACAGCGAGACUAUGUCGAAGCUUUUCGAGCUAGCUGACAAGACCGGCGUCGAGCAGAGGAAGGCCAAGAUGUUUGCAGGUGAGCGCAUCAACCAGACCGAGGGCAGAGCAGUUCUCCAUCCGGCACUUCGAGCGCCUCGCAGUGCAUCCGUCUGUUUGGAUGGGGAGAACGUGGUGCCGGAGGUCUGGAAGGUCUUGGAUGCCAUGAAAGCGUUCUCCGACAAGGUCCGCUCAGGAGAAUGGAAAGGUUUCACGGGAAAAGCGUUAACCGAUGUGGUUUGCAUUGGGAUCGGCGGCUCCUACUUGGGAGUGGAGUUCGUCUACGAAGCAUUGAAGACAGAUCCGGAGGCAGCUGCAGCAGCACAGGGCCGGAAGCUUCGAUUUUUGGCGAACGUAGAUCCGAUUGAUGUGCAGCGCGCCCUGGAGGGGCUCAACGCUGAGACGACGUUGGUCGUCAUCAUCUCGAAGACGUUUACAACGGCUGAGACGAUGCUCAACGCAAAGACGGUCAAGGCGUGGCUUGUGAAGGAGCUCGGCAGUGCGGAUUGCGUUGCCAAGCAUGUCGUGGCCUGCUCAACCGCCCUCGACAAGACCCAGGCCUUUGGCAUCGACUCGAACAAUGUCUUCGGCUUCUGGGAUUGGGUUGGUGGCCGGUUCUCCGUUUGGAGCGCUGUGGGUGUGCUUGCCUUGUCGCUGCAGUAUGGAUUCGGCAUCGUCAACCAAUUUCUGGAAGGGGGGCAUGCCAUGGAUGAGCACUUCCAGAAGGCGCCUGCCAAGGAGAACCUUCCGCUCAUUAUUGGCUUGUUGGACGUUUGGAACUGCAGUAUGCUGGGCCACGAGGGCGUCGCUAUUCUGCCGUAUUGCCAGGCCCUCGUGCGCUUUGUGCCGCACAUCCAACAGCUGGACAUGGAAAGCAAUGGGAAACGUGUGCAGAUGGAUGGGAGUGAGGUGCCCGUCGAAACCGGUGCCAUCAACUUCGGUGAGCCUGGCACCAAUGGCCAGCAUUCCUUCUACCAGCUGAUGCACCAGGGCCGGGUGAUCCCAUCUCACUUCAUUGGCUUCGCCAAUUCGCAGAACCCAGUUGAGCUGCCGGGCGAAGCCGUGUCCAAUCACGAUGAGCUCAUGUCCAACUUCUUCGCGCAGCCAGAUGCUCUGGCGUUGGGGAAGACGGCCGAGGAGCUGAAGGCAGAUGGAAUCCCGGAGAAGCUUGUGGCACACAAGACCUUCCCCGGAGACAGACCAUCGCUGUCGCUUCUGCUGCCGGUCUGCAAUGCACACUGGCUAGGACAGCUUUUGGCGCUCUACGAGCACCGCACCGCUGUGCAAGGCUGGUUGUGGGACAUCAACUCAUUUGACCAGUGGGGUGUCGAGCUCGGGAAAGUCUUGGCAAAGGAGGUGCGCGGAUACCUGACCCAGGCCAGGAAAGGUGCUGCAGAUGACUCCAAGUUCCUGUCUCCGACCAAGAAGCUCCUGGCGAAAUACCUGGAGUAG